CGUUGAAUCUCCUGUCAUCCCAACUUCCAGAGCAGUUUAGUACUGACACAGAACAAGAGAAAGCAGCUUUGUCACUCCACAUCUUUCACAAUGGGCUGCAUCCAAAGCUUCAGACAUUGCUGUGACCGGCCGAAAAAUACCAAUGUUCGGAUCAGUCUUCCAGCGGUGUGUUUUGUGUGGCAAAUCGCAAUGAUCAUCUUGUUUGGGGUGUUCGUACGUUACAACGCGGAAUCAGACACACACUGGGUGGAAGAGAAAAAAUUAUUAAACGUGACUGAUGCUGAAAAUGAUUUCUAUUUCAGAUAUCCAAGUUUCCAGGAUGUCCACGUGAUGAUCUUUGUGGGUUUUGGUUUCCUCAUGACCUUCCUGAAGCGCUACAGCUUUGGCGCCGUGGGCUUCAACUUCCUGGUUGCCGCCUUCGGCAUCCAGUGGGCCCUGCUCAUGCAGGGUUGGUUCCACUCUCUGGGCGAGGAUGGCAAGAUCAGAAUUGGCAUUGAGAGUCUGAUCAAUGCAGACUUCUGUGUGGCCGGGUGCCUGAUUGCAUACGGUGCAGUUCUGGGGAAAGUUAGCCCGGUCCAGCUGAUGGUUAUGACCCUAUUUGGUAUCACCCUGUUUGCUGUAGAGGAGUACAUUAUCCUCAAUCUCAUCCAUGCCAGAGAUGCUGGAGGCUCCAUGGUGAUCCACACAUUUGGGGCUUAUUAUGGUCUGUCCAUUUCGUGGAUGCUCUAUCGCCCAAACCUGCACCAGAGCCAGACUCUCCAGGGGUCUGUCUACCACUCUGAUGUCUUCGCCAUGAUUGGAACCCUGUUCUUGUGGAUGUUCUGGCCCAGCUUCAACUCAGCCAUCACGGACCAUGGCGAUGGUCAGCACCGGGCCGCCAUCAACACCUACCUGGCCCUGACCUCCACCGUGCUCACCACAAUCGCCAUCUCCAGCCUCUACAACAAGCAUGGCAAGCUGGACAUGGUCCACAUUCAGAACUCCACGCUGGCUGGGGGCGUUGCCGUGGGAACGGCCGCAGAGUUCAUGCUAAUGCCGUACGGGUCUCUGAUCGUGGGGUUCUGCUGCGGAGUCAUCUCCACCUUGGGAUACAUCUACCUCUCGCCCUUCCUGGAGAAGACACUGAAGAUCCAGGACACCUGUGGCAUCCACAACCUCCACGCCAUGCCUGGGGUCAUAGGGGGCAUUGUGGGUGCCAUUACUGCUGCUGCCGCCUCUGAGUCUGUCUACGGAAAGGAGGGGUUGAUCAACACAUUUGACUUUGUUGGUGACUGGAAAAACAUGACACCCUCGCGUCAAGGUGGACACCAGGCAGCUGGGCUCUGUGUGGCUCUCUGUUUUGGAAUCGGGGGAGGAAUCCUUGUUGGCACCGUCCUCAGAUUGCCUAUCUGGGGCGAUCCCUCGGAUGACAACUGCUUUGACGACAAGGCCUACUGGGAAGUACCUGAGGAGGAGGAGAGCGUUCCCCCUGUCAUGGCAUACAACAACCACAUGCGAAACAAGGAUGUGGGAAUCUCCAACUUCUCUGUGGAACAGAACUGAAUCUAGAUCAAAAGUUCUUCCAUCUCAUCUGCGUCUGACAACCCCACCUAACUCCUGCUGGGCAAACUCAACAACUUUCCACUGCCAUCUUACUAAUCAUUCUGAGAUAGUACUUCAAAGUACUACACAGUUCUAGAUGAUACUGCACGGUACUACAGAAAAAGGUACUACAAGGUAUUAAACAAUACUACACAAUUACUUUAAAAAUUGUCCUUCACUGUCCUACACAGCACUGCACAGUACUACACAGUCUUAGCUAGUCUUGCAUAGUCAUACGCAGCUUACGCAGAAUACCAGACUACAUCUCAUGACUGCUUACUUUGCGUCGUAGCAGACAUUUCCUGCAAAGCAGUGGCUAAUGUUGGAAAGAGAACUUAGCUUACCAAAACUGAAUGAACAUGACUCAGCCCUGUUAUGUGUGCCAUUGUAACUGGUAAACCUAGUAUGUCAAACCUAAUAUUUAGAAAGAGAUUGUUUUGUUUUUGCAAAUGACGAUUUUUAUGUAUAUUUCAUAUUAAGAUUAUAAAUAUUCUGCAAGGAAUCAUGUUUUAAAUAUGUAAUGCAAGUACACUCACAUUUGUCUUUGGAAGCCACAUCCAUAUUUCAAUUAAGUUGUGUUUGUAUCACCAAAGUAUUCACUUGCACUAGAAAGAGAUAGAUUAUAGGUGCUUGAACGGUGUGAGUGUAAUCAUCUUACUGAGGCUCUGCAUACCAGUGUGGAGAAACUUUACUGUCAAUUCAACUUAAUUAGAUUUCAAUGUAGACCAUUCUGUAUAUUGUAAAGUUUAUUGAAACAAAUUGUGGUAAUUACACAAAUGUACACAAAACCGUACACAAAUUGAGUAUGUUUUUUUAUUAUAGAUAAUAUUGACAUUACAAAUUUAGAGGGUAAUUUAUUAUACAUUC